UAUAAAAUACAUGGCUCGGAAGAAUAUGGAAUGUGCAAAACAUAGACCCAGACACCCAUUCCAGAAUUCAUGAAAAACUGUCCAUGGGUUUUGUGUCAGGAAGAUUAAGUGUUUUGUGUAAUUUGUAGAAAGCAUAAGAAGCUUUCUGAGAAAGAUAGUCCUCUUAUAAGCAGGGGUAAGCCCUUUUAGAAUUGAUCCCUACAUGUACAUGAAUUCUCCAACAGAUUUUGAAGUACUAAAAUAGAAAAUGUGGCACUUUAUCCACAAAAAGUUCCUGUUGUUAGUUCUGUAAAAUGCAAUACCAGGAGAUGCAAAAGUUUGUCACAUAUAUAACACAACUGUCACAAUUGUUAAAUAUAGUUACAGUCUUAGGCCCUGUCAUGAUUGGAAAAAAGAGUGUGUGUUUCAACUGUAUUAGUUUAAUGUGAUUAAAGCUUGGCCCUUGUUAAAACACAUAGGAUAACACAUUUGAAGUCAUGUUAGCUGGACCUUUUAUAGCUGAUGGGUUAAAACAUAUUAGCCUGCACAUUAAUAGGCAUUGGAGGGUUUUUCACUUGUGUUAAGCUAACUUGAUUUAACUAAUAUGAUUUGGAAAAACCUACCCAUUUUGGUCUUUGGUACACCGGGCCUUGGGCCUUAUAUGUAAACUUUUUUUUUUUUUUUUUUAAACACUAAUGUGGAAGGCUGCAAUAAAGGUAGCUCAGUUGAGCUAGCUUAACUUGUUUGAAACUCCACUUGAACUGUGUCUACAUUGGGGGCAAGUGGGGUUUUCAAUUGAGUUUGUAAGCCAACUUGAUUGAAAAAACACCCCUUUUCUAAGUCUCUGCAAUUUUGAAAUGCUCUACAUUUGCAGGCCAAAAAUUACUUUAAUCUUGUAUCAAAUUACAUUAAUACCCAUGCUGAGGAAGACUUUAUGUGGGCAAAGUCUCUGAGGGAGGUGUCUCAAAAAUGCAUACAGAAAGCAAGAUGUAUUACUGUGCUUGCUGAUGGAUCCAGUGAUGAAUUUGUAUCUGAGCUAAAUCAGCGUGCAUCAGAUUUGUGGAAGAUAGGAAACCUUGUACUCUCUUUGCUGGUGUACCAUCUGGAAAUAAAAACAGGAUCAGGGAAAACUGGUGUUAUCAUGUGGGGAAUAAUAGCUUUGUGAGAGUUGUGGAUAUCAAAUCAAAACCUGUUAGAUUUUGUGUAAACAGGGAAAUGAACUGGAAUAGCUAUUCUGAAAUAUUUAAUCUGGAAUACUAUUCCUGAUUAACUCCCCAUUUAGAUGCUCUUAUUCUGGAGUGAAUCAGGAAUAGUAUUCCUGAUUAAAUUCACAACCUAUUUUAUUCUAAAAUAAUUUUCUGCAUAGACAAGCCCUCAGUUUGAAUUUAGAUAGCAAAAUAAUACAUAGUGCUGGUCAUGCUUACACAAGAUGCUCGUGUUGUGGUUGAUGCCAUGCAACGCAGCAACCUGUGCUUUAUAUUCUAGAUCUUCUGUAUUAAAAAAUCCUAUCUUGAAAAAUUAGAGUUUGUGUUGAAAGAUAUUUAAGUCUCUGUGUCUCUGGCAACCCAGCUGACCUGUGUCUGACCCAUAAUCACUUAACAAGAGGCAUUACAAUUGUAUCAGGACAAUUCACUGGUAUGUAAAUUUCAAAGAGAUGAACUAGACCAGCAAUCAUUAACCGAUUCAUUUGUAGCAAUAGAAACCAAGGAUAAAUACUAAGUGUAUUAUUCUUUGUUUACAUGUAUACUAUUAGACAUUUAACAAUGUAACCAAAUUAGCUUGUAGAUGUUAAUUCCUUUUCAUGUCUUAAUUGCCUUUAUAUUAUGUAUGCAACUGUUUUCAGUCAACCUUAAGAUCAAAGAUGUGAGACGCUGGGUGAAAUUAACAAUAUUGCAUAUAUUGUCUUCAGUUUAUCUAUCCAUGAUAUAAUGUAUAACCGGCAGUUGCCUUAUGUUAAUAAGUGUAACUCGAUUACCUGUGUAUGCAUAAUAAAUAGAAUCAGCAAAGAGUCCUGUGGCACCUUAUAGACUAACAGACGUAUUGGAGCAUGAGCUUUCGAAAGGACUCUUUGCUGCUUUUACAGAUCCAGACUAACACAGCUACCUCUCUGAUACUUAAUAAAUAGAAUAUUAACUUCACAGUGAUGGGACAGUGUGUGCUCAACAAAGAAGAAUCCUCAGUCACAUGCUGUUCUCAAAACACUGACUAGCCCGCUUCAGCUAUAAAAGUGAAACCUGGGGCCUGAUCCUUUCAUCUCUAGUCUGCUGAACUUCAAACAGGGAAAGUUUAACCUAUGGGAUUGAGAUCUUCCAAGUAGUUAUUUGGAAUACCUGGGGAAAUGUAUGGAAAGACUCUCUAUCCGACUUUACAUCUAAACAGCAUUUGGAUUCUGACCUUUUGAGAUGGUUCCAGAGAGACUUUUACAAGCCAGCAGAUAUAACAUCACUGCUAUGAUCCUGAUGUAAGAACACUGAAAAUCACUUCCUUACCACUCGUCUGCCAAAAGCUGGAGAAACUAUCCAUGGACAUAAGUUUUUCAUUGGUUUUGGGGGGAAAGGAGCCAAUCAGUGCAUCCAGGCUGCUCGACUUGGGGCCAAGACCUUGAUGAUUUGUAAGGUUGGGAAAGACUCGUUUGGCAAUGAUUAUAUUGAAAAUUUCAAGAGAAAUGGGAUUUCUACAGAAUUUGUAGGUCAGACUGAGGAUGCUGCUACUGGAGCUGCUUCAAUAAUUGUUAACAGUGAAGGACAGAAUGUUAUUGUCAUAGUCGCAGGAGCCAAUUUGCUUUUGGAUUCUGAAGACCUGAAGAGGGCUGCCAAUGCCAUUUGCAAGGCCAAAGUGAUCAUCUGCCAGCUAGAAAUAACACCUGCUAUUUCUCUGGAAGCCCUAAAAAUGGCAUACUCCAAUGGAGUGAAGACCUUAUUUAAUCCUGCUCCAGCUCAUGCAGAACUAGAUCCACAAUUUUACACCCAUUCCGACAUCUUCUGUUGCAACGAAAGUGAGGCAGAAAUUUUAACAGGCAUCCCAGUGGGCAGCCCUGAAGAUGCUGGGAAGGUGGGACUCGUGCUAUUAGAAAGAGGCUGCAAACUAGUAAUUGUUACUCUGGGAGCAGAAGGCUGUGUGAUGAUAUCAGUGGAUGAUCCUAUUCCAAAGCAUGUUCCUGCUGGGAAGGUCAGGGCUGUGGACACUACGGGGGCUGGCGACAGUUUUGUGGGCGCACUGGCUUUCUUCAUGGCUUGCUAUCCCAAUCUAUCCAUGGAAGAAGUGAUCAGGAAGUCAAACUUCAUCGCAUCAGUGAGCGUCCAGGCAUCAGGGACGCAGUCUUCCUAUCCCUACAGGAAGGACCUGCCCCAGGAUCUUUUCUAACUUGUGGUGUCAGACAUCUGUAUGUGCUGAUUGUACAAUAUCCCAGGGAAGGGAGUUCUGAUUGUGCAGAGGCAAACUUUUUUUUCCCCUAAGAGAUUCUAGGUACUUAGAGAGCAGGAAAGUCUUUACUCCCUUCUCAGUCAUUGAUUCCCUGCUAGACUCUGGUCUAUAGUAGAGCAAUUGGGUUGCACUCUUUCAUUCCAGCGAAAUACCGUGGAUCUGUCCCUUGCCCUACACACUGUGCAGGACAAACAUUGACUACUAAGUUUUGCCAUUAAUGUGUUCAACAUUUCACUCCACAAACUCAUGUCUAUAAACUAAAGAGACAUUCCACAAUAUGAGUAGGGAUGACUGAGCUCUGAAAUUCAGUGGCCUCCACAGACUUUGCUGUGCUCUCCACUAAUUAAGACUCUCAUUGAUUUUGAUCAAGUUUCACAUCUGCCAACCAGGGAUAUCGCUAGCGAAAUGUGAAUUAUAGUUAGCUUUGAGUUUUCAACCAAAUUCCUAUUGUCCCUGCUCUCUGCGGCAAGUGCCUUAGCCCAAAGUGAGACUCGUCAACUGUCUGGAGACUACACAUACCAGCAUGCGAAGUUCCACCUCGUCCACAGUCCAUUCCAAUCACAAUGAAGCACGGCAUACUGGGCCCUGCACCAUCUGCUGGUUCUGUUUCUCUAUUGCAUGAUGGCUGCAGUAGGCUCCAUACUGUGUCCAUUGAGGUUUUCUGGUUCUGGGCAAGCCGCUGAUAAAGCCCUCAGGUGAGCUAGACGUACAGAUCAGUUCAUUGGCUGUUCAGUGUUCCAGGGAAACACAUUCCAAGAUGCCUAGUCAGUCUUAUUUGGCCAGAAACACAAAUAAACUAAUUAUUUAAAGAACAAAAUCAUCAGCCACAAUGCACUAGUCAAAAAGCUGGCUUAGACAUCUACUGUGUGCCUACUCAGGCAAAAAUUCAGAUGUGAAAAAUAAGUCCUACAUACAUGGGCUUGAUACAAAAUAGAGCUUUUUAUGGGUCAAAUCCUGAUCUCACUGGAGUUUUGCCAUUGGCUUCAAAGGCAGCAGCCUUUAGCUCUACAGGUCACUUAACUACUUGUAUUUCUUCUUCCCACCUCUACUAUAAGCUCUGAAACACUGGUGCUCCUACGGUUUCAUCUGUGGAUUGUGGUUUAAAAUGCCUCUAGCAACCCUUCCACUGAAGUGCCCUUGUAGAAAAUGUUAAUUUUCUAUUGCCAUGUGAAACAAUAGUCAGUUUAUUUGACAAUUACAGCCAGUUUCACAAUGGAAAACACAGACAAUGGGAUCUGCUAUUUUAAUUUUUUUUAUUGAGGACUGUAAAAAUAACUCAAAGGAUAAAUAAAUGUUGAUGCGAUGAUCUA